AUGCCUCACAUCCAAGGCACCCACGACCCCAAGCGAGAGCCAUUGGCCAUCGUGGGCUUCUCGAUCAAGUUCCCCCAAGAUGCGGUGUCGGAAGAAGGCUUUUGGGAUAUGCUUCUCAAGGGCCGCAUGGCCCAGACCGAAAUACCCAAGGAUCGCCUGAAUAUUGACGCGUUUCAUGGACGGAAACAGAAUGGAUAUGAUACUCUCGGCGUCCGUGCCGGAUAUUUUCUGAAAGAAGAUAUUGCUGCCUUUGACGCGGGAUUCUUCUCAAUGUCAACUGCUGAGGCUACUGCCGCCGAUCCUCUACAAAGAGGGCUGCUAGAGACAACAUAUAGAGCUUUGGAGUCUGCGGGCAUGAAAAUCGAAGAUGUGGCUGGCUCUAAUACCUCCGUCUUUGUCGGUUGUUUGUCGGACGACUAUAAGACCCUGAAUAGCAAAGACCCAGAACGCCUCGCCCAAUACGCCACCACCGGAGUCCUUGACUCUAUGCUCGCAAAUAGGCUCAGUUGGUUUUACAAUUUCACAGGCAACAGCGUGACACUCGACACCGCUUGCUCCAGCAGUUUGAUAGCACUCGACCUUGCAUGUCAGGGCCUGCUUGCUGGGGAAUCAGAUAUGACAGUGGUAGCCGGGUGUAAUUUGAUGUUUUCCCCAGAUUUAUGGCUCUUGCUGGACGGCAUCAAUGUCUUGUCGCCAGACGGGAUAUCUCAAAGUUUCGACAGUCGUGCCAACGGCUAUGGACGAGGCGAAGGGUUUGCUACUAUAAUCGUCAAACGACUGUCAGAUGCCCUCCGAGACAAUGAUACCAUUCGCGCUGUUAUCCGUUCUACAGGCUCGAACCAAAACGGCCAUACCCCAUCUGGCAUUACUCAGACCAGUCAGGCGGCACAGGAGUCCUUGGUGCGGGCAACGUAUGCAAAAGCAGGUAUAGACAUGGGUCUGACUCAAUAUGUCGAGGCACAUGCAACUGGAACCAAGUUUGGCGACGCUGUCGAACUAAAGUCCAUUGGUCGGACAUUUCGCUCCUCACGACCAUCCUCAGACGACCCUCUACAUGUCGGAUGUGUCAAACCCAAUAUAGGCCAUCUGGAAGGAGCCAGUGGGCUAGCUGGAAUCAUCAAAACAGUUCUCGUUCUCGAGAACGGGAUUAUACCCCCUGUAGCGGGGUUUGAAAAGAUCAAUAUUAGGGCAAAUGAGUCGUAUCUCAGGAUCAAAAUUCUUAGAGAACCCACACAGUGGCCGACCCAAGGCCUUCGAAGAGCAUCGGUAAAUUCUUUCGGUGUCGGUGGCAGCAAUGCUCAUGUUGUUCUCGAUGACGCGUAUCACUUUCUCGAGACACAUGGCUUGACUGGAAACACCAACACUAAAGUACAACCUAAUAUGCACAAUGCCACAAAUCUUGUCGCCCCGCCAGGCACUGGAACUAAUAACAAGCACACAACGAACGGCCAAGUUGUUUUGAUCUGGUCAUCAGGUGACGAGUCUGGCAUCAGCCGUAUCGCUCAGCAAUUCGCACAAUACGCUAAGAGUCUUACACAUUGUCAGCAAGAGUUGAUGUCCAACCUGGCGUACACCCUUAACCAUAGAAGGAGCCUGCUAAGACAUAGGUCCUUUGCAGUUGUCACGUCGAUAGCCGAUUUGGAAAAUCUCGAGACCCAGAUAUCAACUCCUGUGAAUACAUCCCCGGACAGCCCCCGUAUUGGAUUUGUCUUUACUGGCCAGGGCGCCAUCUGGCCUAAAGUGGCCCAGGAACUCUGUGUUUACUCGUCCUUUUUACGUUCUCUCAAAGAAGCAGAACAAUAUCUCCAAAUUUUGAAUUGCACUUGGAAACUCACAGGCAAGUGCAAUACUCUUCAUGACGAGCUUUUCAAGGAUCCGGAAGAGUCAAACGUUUACCGUUCAGAAUAUAGUCAACCUUUAAGCACAGUUAUCCAAAUAGCCUUGAUUGAUUUACUACACAGCUUUGGAAUAAAGCCAGCAGCAGUUGUCGGCCAUUCUUCAGGAGAGAUAGCAGCCGCUUACUGUUCUGGUGCAAUUUCAAAAGAGUCCGCCUGGAAAAUAGCCUACUACCGAGGGCUUUUAUCAGCAAAAAUGCACGAAGCCGGUCGUCCACGUGGAGCAAUGCUUGCCGUGUUACUUUCCGAAGCUAAAAUUUUACCGUAUUUGGAAGCGGUAGAAAAAAUCCAUAGUGGCAGUGGUCUUCAGAUUGCAUGUUACAAUAGUCAGGAAAAUCUCACCAUCUCAGGUGACGAAUGCCAUAUCGAUACUUUACAAUCCUUCUUGACCGAAGCUGGGCACCGAUGGCACCGAUUGAAAGUUGAUGUUGCAUAUCAUUCCACCCAUAUGACCACCAUUUCCGACGAAUUUCUUUCUCUCAUAAGUGGCAUUGAGGGCUCGACUGACAACAAAGAAAAUUGCUCAACUCUCAUGGUGUCUACUCUCACAGGCACCCUGGUGACUGCUGAUGAGCUAUUUGAUCCGAAAUAUUGGGUUCGCAAUCUUGUCUCACCAGUUAAGUUUCAACAGGCUAUAUCUCAAUUAUGCAAGCCGCCAGUGGCAAACAAUCGUGUCCUCAAAUUGGACAUGAGUCAUCGCAAAAAUUGCUCUGUCGACUUUCUCGUCGAAGUAGGACCACACUCGGCACUUCAGAGCCCGAUCCGCAGUGUUCUCCAAGCUUGUAGCAACACUACCUCCGAGUACAUUUCAGUUCUACAACGGAAUCGCAAUGGUUUAUCCACUGUACUGAGUGCUGCUGGGAAGCUUUUCUGUGUCGGAUACCCCAUUGAUCUCGCUCAAGUGAAUCGAUUGACGGAGAAAAAGAACCUUUCGUUGUUCAGUGGUUUGCCCCAAUACCCGUUUAACCACAACCGAGUGUAUUGGCAUGAAAGCCGGCUCAGCAGUAGUACUCGCUUUGCAACACACGGAAAACAUGAGCUGCUUGGUAAACCAGUGGCGGACUGGAAUCCUCUCGAUGCACGGUGGCGCCGGUUUUUGAACACGGCCGAUGUGCCUUGGCUGGAAGAUCACAAGGUCCAAAACCAGGUCUUGAUGCCCGGUGCAGGCAUGCUAAUCAUGGCGAUCGAAGCCACAAAACAACUAGCGAGUGAAGACCGUCACAUCAUUGCAUUUGAACUAAGCGACAUAAAAUUUCUUGCUGCCUUAGUGGUACAUUCUACCGAAACAGUCGAGAGUCAGUUAUCGAUUCGACCCAGACAACAGAACGACAUAUAUUCAAGAGAUGAGUCCUCGUUCGAGUUUAGACUAUUUUCGUUCAUGAAUGGUCAUUGGACGGAGCACUGUCGAGGGAAUAUUGCCCUUCAAUAUGAACAUGAUCACCCUUUGGAAAUUGGCAGGGCCGAAUAUCCCGUCCGAGGUAAUCAAAAUCUGACUCAAACGGUAAAUAAUUUCGAUGGUGAACCGGCAGGUACGCGCCAAUUGUAUCGCUUUCUCAACCAUCAUGGGUUUGCGUAUGGUCCAGCUUUUCAAGUUCUUGAAAACAUGAAAGUUGCAGAAAAUCAGGCCAUUGCAGACGUCAAGGUACACAGCGAACCACAUGCACACGGAAAUUACAAUUCCUACACGAUACACCCGAUUACUCUUGACGGUGUAAUGCAAGUAGUGCUUGCUUCUCUGACGAAAGGCGGCUCAGAGUCAAUUCCGACAAUGGUGCCAACACAAAUCGAUCGUUUGCGAGUGUCUAGCUCUGUACAAUAUUCAUCACCAGGGGACGGCAAAGACUUCCUCAAUGCAGUAGCUCAAGUCACUACAUCGUCGUUUUCAUGGUCUAAAGCCACGGUUACUGUCCUCGACCAAUCUCAAGAUCAGAUAUUGUUGAAUCUGGAUGGCCUUCGUUUUACUGCUGUUUCCAGCGGCAGUAGCGGCGGUGAUAAUGUGGAAUCCCGUUCUGACUUGUGUCGACGAAUUGAUCGGCAGCCUGACGUGACCCUGCUCGCCAAUGAUGAGAUUAGCAUCCUUUGCAGGCGUGAAACACCGCUAGAAGCCGUCAAUCAAGCACAGGAAUGUCACAAAAUUGAUCACUUAAUCUAUCUCUCAUGGGCCGAAACACUUCGAGACUGGGAUGAAAAUAGCUGCUUUCCAAAUGUCCCCACUACUAUUCAAAAAUAUGCCAAGUGGGCCAAGCGUCAACUCAAACUUUACUGCCCAGACAGCAUUAAAAACCAGGAUCUCCAUGAUUCAACCCAGCUGCUAAGCUAUCGCAGAGAGGUCGAAGAAACCUCCCACCGAGGCAAACUCUACGGGCUAGUCUCAAAAAGUUUGCCAUCAUUGCUAAGCGGAGAGUUGGAUCCGCUAUCUCUGCUAUUCCAAGACGAUCUCGUGUCCCAAUUCUAUCAAGAAAUGAACAAUGAUAUAAGCUUUCAUGCUCUUUCGCAGUACCUCACCCUGCUCACCCAUCAGAACCCAUCUAUCAACAUGCUUGAAAUUGGAGCUGGUACUGGAGCUACGACUCGGAUAAUCCUGGAUAAAUUGCACCCUCCUGGGAACCAGGAUAACAACGCCCAUUAUAAAAGUUAUGACUUUACUGAUAUUUCACCGUCAUUUUUUGAAAAGGCUCGUGCCGAGUUUGGCCAUCUACAUGCGAUGAAUUUCAAAGUCCUUGAUGUCGAGCAACCCCCUGGUGAACAAGGCUUCGAGUUGGGAACUUACGAUGUCAUUAUUGCUGCCAACGUUUUACACGCAACAAAAUCAUUGGAUGAAACUUUAAGCCGUGUUAGAUCCCUUCUGAAAGACGGGGGAAAGCUCGUUUUGGUCGAAAUGGUGCGACCGGAACUUGCGAGGACCGGAUUUGUCUUUGGGCUUUUGCAAGGGUGGUGGCUCGGUGCCGACGACAAUCGUGAGUGGGGACCACUUAUCACUGAAAAUGAGUGGCAUGAAAGACUUAUCCGAAGUGGCUUCUCUGGAACGGACAUGGUCUUUCGUGAUUCGGAACAAACAGACUGUCAUGAAAUGUCAGUUCUUAUUUCAACGGCCGUACAUUGUACACCGAAAGAGUCGUGCAAGCCUGGGCAUCCACCUCUUGUUGUUGUUCUCCCGAAUGAUCAGUCACUGUAUAAUUUUUGUCAUGGCGAUUUCAAACUCCAAGUGGAGGAGUCUGCUAGCUUUGAAAUACACGACAUACUACCUCUCGACAAAGUGUCUGAAAAAGAAAUCCCUAGUUCUGCUAUUUUUAUCUUCAUGCUUGAACUGGACGAUAGUUUUAUCUCUUCAAUCUCGCCUGAGAGCUUUCAUGCUCUGAAGAAAAUAUUUAGCUAUGCCAACGGUGUUGUUUGGAUUACUCGCUCCGGGUCCGAUGCUUGUCCCAGCUACCAGAUGGUCGAGGGUCUGGCGCGCACCAUUCGGAGAGAAAAUAGCAAAACCACGUUUCUCACCGUUGCAUUCGACACGCCAUCAAGAGAUCUCUCGAGAUCUCAGAUAAAUAAACUCUGCCAAAUUAUGAAACGAACCGACUUUGACCAACAAGAGAUAUCAUACGAUGGUGAUUAUUUUGAACGCGAUGGUAAAAUGCACAUAGGGAGAGUAAAAGUCAAUAAGCAGUUGAGUGAUGCAGUUGCCAGUCACACACUGGUUGAAACAACAGGGCCUGAUGGUGCAGUGGAACCUGGAUCUUCUCUAGCCUUGGAGGUUAAAAUUAAAACACCAGGUGCUCUAGAUAGCCUCCAUUUCACCAAUGACACCAUAUGCGCCACUCCGCUCAAGGAGGAUGAGCUCGAAAUUCGGGUGGAAGCAAGUGGUGUAAUUUUCCGUGACUGUCUCAUGGCGAGCGGGAAAAUCCCUCUUACAAAUUUUGGGCUCGAAUGCGCGGGUGUUGUUACAAGAGCCGGUGCUCAAUCUGGGUUUAUCCCCGGUCAGCGAGUUUAUGGAAUGGCUGAUGGCACCAUCAAGAGCUUUGCCCGGUUCAAUCGGUAUUGCGCUAGUGAAAUACCUAGAAAUCUGUCUUUUACCGAGGCUGCUUCUAUUCCGAUUUCAUUCAUCACUGCGUAUCAUUCUUUAUCGAGGAUGGCUCGGAUAUGCCCUGGAGAAAGUUUGUUGAUUCAUUCAGCCGCCGGUGGCACUGGACAGGCUGCUAUCCAGGUUGCAAGACACUUGGGCGUAACUGAAAUUUUUGCGUCUGUCAGCACCGAAGCAAAGAAAGAGUAUUUGAUGAAUACUUAUGGUAUUCCAGCGGAUCAUAUAUUCAACAGCAGGGUAACCUCAUUCGCAGACGAGAUUGCGAGAAUGACCGAAGACGGCGUAGAUGUUGUUCUCAACUCCUUGUCUGGCCAAGGAUUGCUGGCAUCAUGGAACUGCAUGGCACCGUACGGAAGAUUUAUUGAACUUGGAAAGCGUGACAUUAUCGAUAAUAACAGCCUUCCAAUGCAGCCAUUUCUGAGAAAUGUUUCUUAUAGUGCGGUUGACAUCCAGGCUAUGGUCAAGGAACGCCCUCGAUUAUUAGCGAAUUCCCUGGAAGAAAUCUCCAAGUUACUGGCAGACCAACACUUGCAUCCAAUAAACCCUCUGAAGACGUUUGGAUUUUCAAAAUUUGGGGAAGCCGUUCAUCACAUGUUAAGUGGUAGAAGUGUUGGCAAGGUGGUUCUGGUGAAGGAGCCCAGCCCGUCACUUCCUGUAAUGCUACAAACCGAAAGUGGCUUGUUAUCAUCCGACAAGAGUUAUGUCAUAGCAGGUGGCUUGGGAGGAGUUGGCCGAAGUAUUGCACGCUGGAUGGUUGAACAUGGAGCACGAUAUCUUGUCUUGAUUUCACGCUCUGGGCUGUCUAACCUUGCAGCUAAACGCUUUGUUCAAGAAUUGCAAGCACGUGGAGUGACUGUCAACACUCCAGCAUGUGAUAUUGCAAGUUCCGAAUCUCUUCAAUCUGUCCUUGAGACUGUCAAGAGUUCAUUGCCUCCAAUCGCUGGCUGUAUCCAGGCUGCAAUGGUUCUGAAAGACUCUUUGUUUGAGAAAAUGUCACACGAUGAUUGGAAGACGGCCGUGAAGCCGAAAGUCAACGGGUCCUGGAAUUUGCAUUCGCUUCUUCCUGAUAACCUCGACUUUUUCAUCCUCCUUUCCUCCCUGGGAGGCAUUGUAGGAUUUUCUGGACAGUCCAACUAUGCCUCUGGAAAUACGUAUCAAGAUGCAUUGGCACGAUAUCGUCGUGCCCGUGGCCUAAGCGCGGUAUCAGUAGACCUCGGGGGCAUGUUUUCGGAUGGCUACAUAUCAGAAAAUGAGGAGGUGGCUGAGCGAAUUUUUUCUCCAGGAUAUUACACGCCGCUUUACCGAAACGAUCUAUUUGCAUUGUUGGGUAAUCUCUGCCGUCCUAAUGCACAAUACGAUGCACAAGUGCUUUUCGGUCUCACUAGACCGGCACACCUCUCUUCGGGCGAAUUCAAGACUUAUUCCAAUGGUGUUCUCGCUCCUCCUCUUUUCAGCGCGAUGUGGAACAAUCACGGAGUAUCGGAUAUCAACUCAUCAGCCACUGCUUCGGCCCAGGUAGCCCUUGACUUUCAGUCUAAAUUUAUCCAAGCUCAAACCGAGGUGGAAGCCGGUGAGGUCGUGGCGCAAGCGACCAUUCGUAAACUGCAAAGCAUCCUACCCAAUAUGGAAAAGGCGGAGAUAUGGAAGCCCAUGUUGACAUAUGGCGUGGAUUCUCUCGUGGCGGUCGAGUUGAGGAACUGGUAUUCGAAAGAAUUCCGUGCGCAGGUCACAGCUUUUGAUAUUAUGGGAGGGGAGAGUUUUAUGGGGUUGGGGACUAGAAUUGCCAUGCUGAGUGAACUACGGAAGAGCAAAGAUUCAUCAUAG